CGGCCACCGGAGCGUGCGUGUGCUCCACCACGAAGCUGGCGGAUUUCAACGCCAAUGCAUAGCAAGAUGCCGCCUGGACGAAUCAGCUCUCUCCACCGACGGGCAGAAAGCGAGUGCGGGCCGGUGCAGCAGGAAAGGAGGCGUUGGCGUUGGCGUUGGCGCUUGCUUUGUGUGCCGUCGAACCACGUUGGGUUGGCUGUGCUCGAGGGUGCCGGCCAAAUUCACGGCCACAAUGCCUGCGGUUCGUGCGGAGAAGGGUCCCGGUUCAGGCGUGGCGGACGAGUCUGUGGCUUGUGCCGAGAAACCGCCAGGAUGCUCCGGUCAUGUAUUCCUGUGCUGGUGAGAACCAGGCACGCUCUCACAAGGUGCCAUGUGCUGCUGCAUCCGCCAUCGCCGGCACCUCCCCAGGCUGCCGCGGCCCAAUGCAAGAAAGGAGACGACACCUGGCCCGAUCGCGGUCUUUUGAAGAGUCAAUACCGCGCAUUGCCACGAGUUGGGUUGAGGCCUCGUUGUAGUGCCUGAAUUCUGCGCCAACUUUAGACGGUGAUGCUGGAUGGAAGUGGAUGCUAGCGGAAGCUCCGGACCGCUGGGCUCAGCACAAAGCGCACGUUCGCUCGUCUGCUAGAGGACUCCGAACCAUGGCAGAGACUAUUUUCUAUCGAUAGCUCGAUAACCAUCAGUCGCCAACACCGCGUCAACUGCGCACCGAAUGAGCUUGACCAUCGCG